UACAGUCGACCCAGUUUCUACGGCAACUGUUUCCGUUGCCUUGGAAACGAAACACUGAUGGAACGGAUUUUCUGGUGGUGAUGCUGAUUGCAGUAGCGCUGAGGAAGGUCGCCGUGUACAACAUCAUUCUCGCACCUGCCAUUUAAGCACUGGUAUCGAGUGUACGGAAGGCAAGGAGGAGUUUUCCACGUUUUCCUCUCCUUUUGGAAUCGUUUCGGUUUCUUCCAUCAUCGGUAGGCAGACUCAGUGAUUACAGAGACCUGUGGAUCACAUCGCGGCAAGAAUUGGGAAAUGGGGAGGCAGAAAAGCUGGUUGUUCAUCUACUGAUGUGCAGGACUAAGAAGACCUUUAUAUGACUGGAGAGACAGAACAAUAUUUAUGAUGGCAUCUAAUGAUUCUUUCCCUGAAGAGAGUUCCCCAACCCCACAGCCUGGUGACCUGAUUGAGAUCUUCAGGCCAGCCUAUCAGCACUGGGCACUGUACCUGGGUGACGGUUAUAUCAUCAACCUCACACCUGUGGAUGACAGCCCGGCAGCAGCUCUCUCCAGCGCAAAGUCCGUGUUCAGCAGGAAGGCAGUGGUGCGAAUGCAGCUGCUGAAGGAGGUCGUGGGCGGGGACUCCUACCGUAUUAACAACAAAUAUGACGACAAGUACACACCCCUCCCCAUCUGUGACAUCAUCGACCGUGCACAGUUCCUCAUUGGCCAGGAGGUGUCAUAUGAUCUGCUGGGCAACAACUGUGAGCACUUUGUGACCCUGCUGCGGUAUGGGGAGGGUGUGUCGGACCAGGCGUCCCGUGCAAUCGGUGCUAUCAGUUUCGUGACGGCAGCUGCAAGUGCCUUCUCCAUGCUGGGAAUGGUUCACAGUCGCUCCCGUCAGAGGCCCUUCUGAGCCCCAGGUCCUGUGCACCCUGAGGCUCCAGAAUCCCCUAUGGCCAAGGCCCUGGAAAAAUUCCCAGAAGGCAUUGGGAACAGGAGCUGCUGUGAAGUGUAAAAGCGACAGUGCUCAGUUCUCAGGAUCCCUGUCCUCCAGAGCUGUGCAGCUGAGCAGGUUGGUAGAGCUGAACAUUUUUACAGUGGCACUGCUUAUCUAAUUUUUAAAACCAUUAAAUGUUUUUUAAAAAAUAAUUGUAUAUAG